CUGGGAGUGUCAACAAUCGAAUGUUAAAUUAACAGAGUUACACCGCACUUAACAGAGCCGAAAAGCACGACAUGGCGACUUUGGAAUGGUCUUGCGCGCCACGCUGCUAUCAAGUUGUCAAAAACCAUUUACAUAGAAAAGUUACGGAAGAACAUCCGCUUAAGCAGCAGACUGUCAAUGUCACGGUCGCAGACAAGAAUCCCCUCAGCUUGGCGUUGGCACUGGAAGGCACUGAUCCGCUUUCGAAAUUUGCGCGCCAGGAGCAGGAACUAAAUGAUCCACUGACGCAGAUGGCCAGCGAAUUUACGCUCAAGUCUAAGCGUGGACACAGCAACGAACUGGAGGAUAACGCGCUUAAUUGGAGCACACGCCGCCUGGGCAUAUUGAAUCGCUUCACGACCAAUGAAAAGCUGUCGCUAUCCACCAGCUUUCUAUGCACCAGCAGCACGGAAAGUGGGGGUGAAAACUUCAAGGCCCAGACUGUGGUGGCGGAUAAGGUUAAGUAUCGGCUAGAGCAGCUGGAUAAUUUCGAUGCUUGUAGCAUGCGUCACAUGAUGGACCUGACACAGCAGGAGUACAUACAGCGGUUCGAUCAGCUUAAACAGGAACUGAUCCAGUCCUGGCACAACGAUCAGCGCGUCAAGGCUCUGAAGAUAGCCAUUCAGUGCGCCAAGAUGCUAUCGGACACUAGAGUGCUGCAGUUCUAUCCCAGUCAGUAUGUUCUUAUCACGGAUAUUUUGGACGUCUUUGGCAAGCUGGUUUACGAGCGUUUACGUGCCAAGGCAGCGGGUGCACCAGGCGCAUCGGCCGUGGUCCUACAAAGAGAGCGCGAAGCUGCACGCGACACCUGUCAGAAUUGGUUCUACAAAGUCGCCUCUAUACGUGAGCUGCUGCCGCGUCUUUAUCUGGAAAUGGCUAUAUUUAAGUGCUAUGGGUUUCUGACCACCUCGGAGCAGGAAAUGGAGCAAUCCCUGUUACGACUCACAAGUCAGCUACGUGGCAUUGCUGAUCCGCUGGUUUCCAGCUAUGCGCGCUGUUACCUGGUGCGCGUUGGAGUUCCGGUUACGUCCAGCAAGGUCUACAUACGCGACAACUUUACAGAUUUUUUCACAAUUUAUCCGCAGAUCUUUCGCCUGGUGGCCCGCUACAAUUUGCAUCCGGAGAUAAUCACGUCCAGCGCAUAUUUACAGCUGUAUGCACCAGCUCUGGAUUUUAUGCUGCAGUGUCUGAUGCAUAAAAGUGAAGUUUCAGCACAGGAAAUGCUCAACGAGUGUAAGCAGCUAAAAAACAACGGAGCAGUACUAUUGUCCAUUCUCAACUCCUCGAAGGGAGAGUUCAUUGCGGCACAUGCUCAGGAGUUUUUGGAGCUGAUCAAUAACUGCGACACACCUGGUAUUUCAAAGUCUCAACUACUGCGACCACUGGGCAGCUGUGUCAGCAGUUGCGCACCGUUGCAGGAGCAGCGCGUUCCCUUUCUGAACGCUGCCUUUCAAACUAUUAACACGCUCACGGAUCCAAACGAAUACAUUAACUGUGUGGAAACCUGGGCGCCUUUCGUUGCACAGUACUUUACGAUACACGAGGUAAAUCGUCUGCUGGGUGAACUGAAUUCUCGGAUGUGUCUAGGCAAGGCCUAUGAGAAGCAUUACGGCCAGCUGCAAAGCAUUCUAACUAGGAUAAUGCAAAACUAUCGAAGCAUUGAGUUGCUGCUUAUUCAACCGCAUUUUCUGCCCUAUUUGGAUUUGUUCCAUAAGGAGUCUGUGCGUGUGGAGAUGUGCAAGUCUAUUCUGAGCCACUACAGACAAAACAGCGAGGAACGAACCUACGAUGCUGUAGUUACCAAUGCACUAAUGUAUCUCGGCAAGAUACUUAACGACUCGGUCAAUGCACUUACUGUGGAGGACGAACGCCGUCAGAUUUCGCAGCUCAUCAAUGGUUUCAUAAAUAAAGUUCACUUUGGAAAAGAUCUGGAGCACCAACUCAGCUUCUAUGUGGAGGCACGCGGUACUUUUAGCAACCUGGAUGCAGUCUAUGUAACCCUAGUGUACGCCGCCUGCAAGCUUACGAUGCGGUCAUCCAAUCGACAAGGUGUCAAGUCUUUGGGUUUUGUAAAGGCCUGCAUUGCCUAUUGUUUUAUAACCAUUCCCAGUAUUAGUUCUGUUCAGCAAAAAAUGGAUUUAUAUCUACUGUGCGGUCAACUGGCCCUGAGACAUCUAUGUCUUGGGCAAGCGGACGCUUGCUUUGAGGCUGCGCUGCAGCUGGUUAACGAACUGCCCGCUGCCACCGUUGACUUUGAAGGCAAGCCGCGUUGCCUGGAGCGCUAUCUCGUCGCGUAUCUAUGCAAUAUGCUGGCCACGCUAAUCGUAGUCCCAGACAGCCCCGAACAGGGUGUAUUAUACUUUUUGCGACUGUUGCUUGAUAUCGUGGGCAGGCGAUCAUUUAAGACGUAUAGUACAGCGCCAGCUAUCAUAUACCUGCAUGUUCUGGACAUGCUCUAUGUGCAAAGCCUGGAGCGAUUUCCCUAUCACAUCGACGGCGUGGUUUCCAAUGAUGGGCUCUAUGGUCACGAUCCCAAAUUCCUGGUAGAGGUGAAUAAUUUGUGUGCACAGGUUGUGGAUUCCAUUCUAAUGCAGCUGAAGUCUCUGGGCGCAGCCCAUCAGCAGCGCACCCAAGCACAGCUAGCCAUGGAGCUUUUUAUGCGCAUAGUUCGCUAUGCAGAUCUAGAAAGGGAACCGCUCUGCCAACUGGCAGUAAAGCUGUGGCUACUCGCUAACAAAGCACAGGCGCAGCUGGACAGCGAAACUAUUCCACAAAUGCUGUGCAGCGUGGAGCAUUUCUAUAAGUUAGUCAAGGAUUCGUCACCGUCGCGUGCCCAAACAAUUGCCAAGCUGCUAAUACGCAUGCGCGACAGUUGAAAUAGCUGCCAGCGAUAGCUGCCACUCAUUGAGAUUAACUAUUCAUAAGGCGGAAAUUGGUGAUUUGUCGCUGAAACGACUUCAAAUUUGUUGUGCAAUCAAAUGGCUGAAUUAAGACUUAAAUAUUUAUACAGACAACCUACUUGCGAAUUGCUUUUGACUGAGUUAUGACCUUAAGAAUUUAAAUGAAACUUAGUUUGUGCUAGCUAUCAAUGAUCAGACAGUUUUGUAUACAGGCAAAACAAAAAUAUUUGUUUUUUUUUUUAUUUCGUUUAUUCCAUUUACGAUUGCUUCAGGCCCGUUUUUUGCACAGCCCCUAUCGCAUUCAAGCUGUGCGUAACGAUCUUUAUGCGCAGCGGCCUAUCGUGUAUUUGUAUUUGGGCUAAAAAUGGUUUCCUUUGUUACAAUUUGUUAAUCUUUACAAAUUCACGAUAAGUUUCUGCGUUAAAACGUUGCAUAUUUUAAUGUAUGAAGGUGUAAAAAUAUGAUUUACAUUGCUGCAUUUGUGUAUUAUUCUGUUUUUUUUAGAGAUAGUUUAAAACAUUUGAGGCAAUUUGUCGUUUUGCGUUUGCAUUACACGUGUGCAUUUCAAAAAUGGCUAAAUCCUAUGGCUGACAAACUCGAAAAAUAAAAUCAACAACUUAAACGAAAGCUUCAUGAAUACCAA